AUGAUAAGAUGCCAAAGAUCAAUUGCAAAGGCUGCAAAAGAGUGUGUGUGUGAAUGUACUAAAUGCAGUGGACUAAGUGCAACAGAAUUGCGUGUUGUUGCACUUCAAAUAUUCAAAUUGUCGUACCUAUGUGAUGACUGCGAGGAGGGGCUAAGGCAGAUUCCAGAUCUUCGCAGACUUGUAACAGAACUUCAACAGCAGGUUCAAGAGUUAAGGAAAAACCAUAUAAACAUAGUGAAUUUGGACACAGUGAUAAAUGAAAUUCAGGAAAGAAAAAAUCGUAGUCGUAAUCUUAUUGUGUUUGGAAUACCUGAAUCUACAGCAAAUUCACCAGAAGAAAGAAAAAGUCAUGAUAAAGACCAGGUUUCUAAAACUAUAACGUCACUGGCAACUCCAGAACCGGAAAUUCUCACUGUCAUCCGUUUGGGUAAACCUGUAUCCAAAAUUGAAAAGCCGCGUCCUAUCAAGGUAGUCCUGGCCAAUAAACAUAAUGCUAUAAAUGUUCUGAAAAAUAAAGGUAAGCUGCCAAACUCUGUUAAGGUAAAGGCUGAUAUGACACCAUAUCAAAGAGAUCAACUUAGGAGACUUCGUGAAGAACUAGCGGCUAGAACCGAAAAAGAACUCCGCAUACUAUACACGAAUUUGGCUUCCAUUAUGGCAAAAUUUGAUUUAUUUCUUCUUGAAGUUAAUACACAUAAACCUGCUUUUAUUUUGAUAUCAGAAACUCAUUUACAUUCUGGAAUUGAUGACAGCCUUAUAAAUAUAAACGGAUAUACGUUCUUCCGGUUGGACAGAAGAGAAAGAAAAGGGGGAGGAGUAGCAAUGUACGUUGCACAUGACGUUAACAAUGUACCUGUUAUAUCAAAAGUGAAUAAAAUAUAUUAUAAUUCUUUGGUUGAGGCAUUAUGGCUAGAUAUACACUAUGGAUAUUUAGAUUUACUUUUAGCUUGUGUGUAUCGUCCUCCCUCAAAUGUUUUAACAAGUGCUGAUGAAAUAUUAUUUAACACCAUAGAAAAGGUAGCCUCAAAGCAGACAGUGAUUAUUGCAGCUGACUAUAACAAAAUUAACAAAGAUUUAGCAGAAAACUUUAACAUAAUUGGAAACCAAGUAGAUGAAAUGUGGCUAUCAUUUAAAAAUCAAAUACAUACAUCACUUGAAAAUUGUGUAAAAAAAUCACAGAGAAUAAAUAAAUCAAAUAAGAAACCAUGGAUAAAUAAGGAAAUUUUGGAUUUAACAAAACGGAAAAAAGAGUUAUGGAAUAUAUAUAUUAUUAAUAAAACAGAAGAUUCGUACCGAAAAUUUAGAAAUAUUAAUCAUAAAAUUAUUAAACUGUCGAAAUAUAGAAGAGCUCAAUUUAAAACAAAUGUUAUAGACUCUGGACCGAAAGCUUUCUACGGAUACAUUAGAAGACAACUUAAUUCUAAAGUCACCAUUCCUAACAUGCUUAAAACCGAGUCACAAGAACUUGUAGAGGAACCACAUAAAAUCGCGGAGCUGUUUGCCGAUCAGUUCGUUAAUAGCUAUGUAAGAGAACCAGAUGGACCAAUUCCCUCCAUAAACAUGCCAAUGGUAACAAACUCAAUUGAUGACGUAAAAUUUACAACCAAAAUCGUACUAAAGACCUUGUUAACCUUUGAUGAUGCUACUGCUACUGGUCCUGAUGGAAUACCAUCUAUAUUACUAAAGCGGUGCUCAUCAUUGCUUGCCGAAUAUAUAUCAAGCAUUAUGAACAAAUCCAUGGAGGAUGGACGCUUACCCGCUGAUUGGAAGAAAGCUACAGUCGUACCUAUUUUUAAAAACGGCGAUAAGAUGAGACCUAGUAAUUACAGACCAAUAAGUUUGACAAGUAUCCUCUGUAAAUCCAUGGAAAAGAUCAUAACUGAAAGAUUAAGAGAAUUCCUAUUACAAGAACAACUGAUUUUAGAUGAACAGCACGGGUUUGUACCAAAGCGAUCAAUCAUUACAAAUAUGUUACAAUGUGUUAAUGAAUGGGUCUCAAACCAUGACAAUGGAUUACCUACAGAUGUGAUAUAUCUUGACUAUGAAAAAGCUUUUGACCGUGUGCCAUUAAGGCGACUUAUAUGCAAAUUAAAACACUGGUAUACGCGGGAAAUUGUUGGCCUGGAUCAGUGA